CCUCCCUCACAGCUCCACCAUGCUUUCGUGAAUGUUGUUCCCAGUACGCAUGUGGGGUGGUUAAUGGAUUUCACUGUAUUUUGUCACCGAUGUGGGCUUGAUGGCCUUGAAAAUGACUUUAUGACGCAGGUCAGUGACUAGUGUGUUGAGUUAGCAGAGAGGAUUGUUGAAUCAAGGCGAGAGAGAAGGUAUUUGAGGGUAAAUAUUGUCGGGUGUCUCUUGGGGGAAUAUGGCGACGCAGACAGACAACUGUGGUGGCUGUGCUAGUGUUAAUAAAGACAGGACUGGGACGUCAUCAUGGGCUGGCAUUGUCGGUGGAGGGAAAAUUGAGACUGUGGGAGAUAGUGUGAAGCCUUCCGGGGAUGACAAGGUGGUGAACAGUGAAUGUAAGGAGGCGAGGUGUGGUGGGGUGGACCUGGACCCUGAGGAGCUGGCCCAGUUUACCGAAAUACGGACCAAGAAGGACCGGGCCAGGAAGAGGGAGUCCACCAGGGGCGGCAGGAGGGACAGGCGGGGGGGUCGCAGGGACUAUGUCGAAUGGGAAUCGCGUUACCCCGAGGGCGGCACCCGGGGCCGCGGGGGCAAGAGACCCGUCAAGGAGGCCGCCCCCAAGCAGUCCAACGGCCCAAUGGAAGGGGAAGAGGAGGCCACAGAGGAGGCCGAUCCCUACACGGAGGCCGAGGCGGAGGAGGAGAAGGUGCAGUACGUGCCGGCCCCAGCACCAAGCGUCAACAUCUGGGAGAAGCGUCAGGGAGCCCCGGCGCCCGCUGCCCUGCCAGACCCUUCAGAUCCUCCUCUCGUAGUUGAGAGAGUGGAGGAGACCCCAGUACCCAUCGUGACCAUCCCUGCGGUAGCCGUAGCAGCGGUCCCUCCUGCAGUAGUGGCUCCCACAGUGGUAGCUCCUGGGGGGGCAGUAGAGGAAGCCCCCCCACCACACUGCCAAUUGGCCAAGCCCCUGCCAGUAGACCCCAUGCCGGCCAACUCCGUCUUGAGCAGCAACCCGGCCGUGAGCGACCCCACCCCUGCCGAGGCUCACAAACACCCCACCAUCAUCAACAUCACCACCAGCGACAAGAAUAACACAAACGGGAAGGACGAUGGCAUCAAUGAUGUAGCUGAUUGGCCAACGUUGGUGGAGGUCCAGCAAGCUCAAGAGGCCAUACACUUACUACAGACGUCAAAGUCAGAAUGGAGAAAGAGCGAGGAGAGGAAACUGAAGGAUGGAGAGAAAGACGACGGGAUGAGAGAGAUAGAGAAAUCCGAGGACUCCGGUUCUCACGACGACGACUCUCUGAAGGAGAACCGGGAGGCGUCGUCCGCACCGCAGACCAUCAACAACAAGAUCCAGCAGACACACAAUAAUACUCCCACUAAGGCUGCUAAAAACAAGAAGAAUAAAAAAAAAAUUAACACCUGGAAGAGACUAGACAUCCCGCCCCCAAAGAGAGAGAAAGGGUUCAGACGUACAGAGGGCCGCGGCUCGGACUCCCUCGACUGGAGAGCGGACGCCCGGUCGACCAACGGUGCCUUGAGAGGACGCGGGACUGGACGCGGCAACAUCAUGAGAGGGCGAGGUAGAGGGAGAGGAGGAGGCCGAGGAGGUAGCUUGAUUGCAGGGGGAGGCCAAUUGGGCAUGAGAGGCGGGUACAGAAGUCCCUCGGCCGAGCACUUUGAGAAUUUCUCCGAGUAUUCUGAGAUUCCAGAUUAUGUUCUUCACGACUCCAACUUGAUGCAGUACUUUGUGCCGUCGGUUGGGUUCAUCUUCCCAGAGUUUGUUCUUCAGGAUGAAAGUGCAAUUAAGGAUAAAAUAAAGAAACAAGUAGAAUAUUACUUCAGCGGCGACAACCUAGCCAACGACAUCUUCAUGAGGAGGAAGAUGUCCAAAGACGGCUAUAUUCCCGUCUCCCUCAUCGCAUCGUUCAACCGCAUGAAGCAGCUCACCCAAGACGUCAAGCUGAUCGUAGAUGUUUGUAAGACGUCAGAGAAACUCGAAGUGAAAGAUGAAGUCUGGUUACGGACUAAACACGAACCCAUGAAGUGGCCCCUGGAGGACGCUGCAGCAGGGGCACUACAAGCACUCCUGGCGGCGGUUCCUUCGACCGUCACUCCAUCCCCGACCAACGCCCCCCCUACCAGCCUUCCCAAGGACCCCGCCCCGCCAGACGUACCUUCACCCCCGCCCCCGCCUACAGCCAUGAACCCCGAAGUGGCAGAGUUCACCCCGCACCAAGCAGAGCUAGACCCCGGCCAACCUGAAUUCAUUCCAUUGGACCAACAAGUAGUCACCGCCAAACCCACCACCACUACCACCACCACCACCACAACCGCCGCCACCACAACCACAACCACUCCCCCCACCGUCACCAUCACUAAUAGUCCAAGUAAAGAGGAUACCAAGGCAGCUAAGAAGGAUGAUGAUUGGAAGGAGGUCAAGAGUAAGGGCCGCCUAAGAAGAGAGAACGAAAGUAAGGAGAAGGACCCACGGCAGCCUCAGGACCCGUCGUCGGAGAAGCCAACCAAUGACAGGAAGAGCCGUGCAGCAUCCCAGGAACCUCAGGGCUUCAGUAAGGACACCCGGGAGGAGUUGGAUUUCCAGUUCGACGAGGAGCUGGAGAUUCUGCCUAAGACCGGACGACAUCACGAUUUCAGCGAAUGGUCGGACGACGAGAGUGACUACGAGAUCAGUGACCAAGAUGUAAAUAAACUGUUGAUAGUGACACAGUCGCCGCCGUCUGCCGGAGCUCCGGGACCGUCGUCGAGCGCCUCUUCCACGUCCACAUCCACGUCCACUACCGGCUCUCGUCCUCCCAAACACGGAGGAUUUGACCGCACCGGAGACUGGACGACUCGCACCAAAAUAACUCAAGAACUGGCCAAAGUUAUCAAUGAUGGACUCUACUAUUAUGAACAGGACUUGUGGGAGGACAGUGAGUGGUUCCCUCAGUCUGACAGCAACAAGGCAGCUAUGACUCAACAGGUGACGAUGAUCAGCCAAGAGGUGAUGGAGACCCUACAACCCCACCACCCACCUGUCCCAGCUAACCAAGAGGUCCCUCCCCCUCCCCCUCCCCUACACCUCCUCCAGGGCGCUGAGGAUCCCUUCGAAGACGUAGUGCCUCCGACGCCCAAGACGCCCAGAUCUCGUAAGGCGGCGCGGUUCUUCCCGGUGGUGAAAGACAAGGCCAACGUGGACCAGCGGACGCCACGCAAGAAGAAGACCCGCCACUCCCACAACCCCCCCGUCGAGUGUCACGUCGGCUGGGUGAUGGACUCCAUAGAACACAAACCACGCACAAACUCUGUCAGUGAUCUAAACGCAAGUCCGAACGAGAACCAACUCGCGAGUAGUUUUGGCAGCAAUUACGGGUCGUACGGAUCGUUACCGGGCUCGUUACCGACCUUCCAGCACCCUUCACACUCACUCCUCAAGGAAAACGGCUUCACACAACAGGUUUACCACAAGUACCGAGCACGGUGCUUAAAAGAACGUAAGAGACUCGGCAUCGGACAGAGUGCCGAGAUGAACACCCUGUACCGCUUCUGGUCAUUCUUCCUCCGAGAACACUUCAACCGCAAGAUGUAUGAAGAGUUCAAGAGAUUAGCUAACGAAGAUGCCAAAGUCGGGUACAGGUAUGGUCUGGAGUGCCUCUUCCGGUUCUACAGCUACGGUCUGGAGAAACACUUUAGGGACGAAAUCUACAACGACUUCCAAGAGGAGACGUUACGUGACAUUGACUGUGGCCAACUCUAUGGUCUGGAAAAAUUCUGGGCGUUUAUCAAGUACUACAAAAAUAGCGUUAAUCUUCUCGUGCAAGACAAGCUCAAGGAUAGGCUCUCAAAGUAUAAAAGUAUCGAGGACUUCAGAGUGGAAAUGCCGGAGGAAUACGACGCAGCGCGGGAAGCCAGAAAGGCUCGUAUACGCACAAGAUCAGAGAACGAGAGCAUGAUGAUAGCCAACCACGACGGCUACCAGAGACACGGCUACGGUGGAGGAGUCAGACGACGCCAGCGCCGCGCCUCGGAGGGUGACGGCAACCCUCAUCAGGCAGACAAUCACCACCACCAACACACAAGAGUCCGCAACAGCUCAGGAGAUUAUGCCAGGGGCGGUGGUUCCAGAAGUCGACACUCUAGUGGACAGAUGCAGUGGUUGAGAGCGGACAACAGUGGUAAUUACAGAAAACCCAAGACAACACAGUACAAGACCAACCCCACGUCCGCUGCCAAGACACAGUCGCAGCAGAAGGCCACAGACAACAGCAAAGGUUCCACUCAAGCCAAGACCAAGUCAGAGGCACAGAAACAAGAAUCCGCAAAGAAAACGGAAACCUCUAAACCCUCGGUGGCCAAAACUAACAGAGUGAAUGCCAAUGCCAAAACCGAGACGGUUAAAUCGGACAGUACUAUAGCGAGAGUGACGUCGGAGGCGACCAAGUCAUCGAGGACUGUCGCCGCCCCAAAGACAAUUCCCCACACUGCUCCGGUUCCUGUUCCUAAGUCGCCGAGCACUUCUAGUUAGGAUUCUGCGGGCGAGAGACGACGCGUCUGUGUUUGAGGACUGUGAGCCGACUCGGGUUCCCGUUGUCUAGGAAUGAUCAUUAAACUCAAGUCCGCAGAGGCUCAUUGGGGCAACACAACAGUGAGAUAAUUGUACGUUAGGAUUUUCUUCAUUGUGUGCAGAAGGGUUGAAAACUUGUUACUUGUGUUCGUUCAGUCUAUUGGAUUUAUCUUAUACAUAACAUUUCACAAACUUAAGUAAAUGUUUAUUUUUUUAGUGGCUUAAGGAAGGAUUGGAAGAAGAAAUAAUACAAACCCUCUUGAAGUGUAAUUCCAGAUAGGUGAAGCCAACUGUGUUUCGCUAAAUGAUGUUGACUGGUUAUGCUGACCGCUUGCUCUUGGAGAGAAAUUCUACCCAGUCUUAAGAGCUCGCGCGAUCACCCACAAUACUUAACCUAUCUCUCUUUCUUGCUGAAGAGGGAGUUGUUUAGGGUAAGAGAGAGUGAAGUAUAUAUAUAUAUAUAUAUUUGUACAUAUUGGAUUGUUUACUCAUUAACCAGUAUUGAAUAUGGCACUACAUAUUUAAUAAAUAUCAAUAAGUGGAUUAUUAAGUUACACACAAGAUUUGUUUUGGUCAUGUAAAUAUAAUAUAUGUAGAAUAUUAACACAUAUUCUAAAUGACUAGUUGCUGCUACCCUUUAUCACUUAAGCAGCUCUUAAAUGAAUGGAGAUUUCAUUGUGAGGAAAUUGAGUGAACCUGAAGAGGAAUUCAUUGUCUGUUGAGCAGUGACAGGUGGAUAGUCACUUUACCUUAGUGAAGGAGAAUGGGAUGUCUGCUGAGCUGAAAGUUGUUGGGCACUUUGCUUUUAGCUGCGAGGAGAGUGAAUGAGCGUGAAGGAGUGUGAUUUCCGCUUAGCUGCGAGCACUUGAAUGUGACUUCUGCUUAGUUGUUGUGGGCAGAUGAUUUGACACUUGACUUCGCUUGAUGAGUGGCUGACGUGAUGCGUGGGUCGGCCGUCUGACAUUCCCAGCAGAUUUCCAUCAUUCACAUUCACUGACAACUCAAUAUUUCAUCAAUUGCAGCUUAAUGACGCUUCAAUUAUUACCUUUAGAGUGAUGUUGAAUUAGUUGCUGCAGGGUGGAAGGUCUCCCAGCGCUAAUAGGUGGCAGCCUCCAAAUAGAUCCGAUCCCAAACCUAAUCUAAACAUGAUUAGAUGAGGUGUAAUGAAGCCUAUGAAGAUUAGACUCCAAUCCAUAUGGUUAGGUUAGGUUGUAAGCUAAUAGGGCCUUAUUAAUGCCUGUUGAAGAUGUCUCAAGAUGAACCACUUGAUUAGGAGGGCACUUGAUCAGUUAUCUUCUAAAUGCCACUUAAGAUGAACCACUAGGGGAGCACUUAAGCAGUCACCUCCUAUAUAUCACUUAUGAUAAACCACUUGACUAGGAGGGCACUUGAUCAGUCACCUUCUACAUGCCAUUUAAGAAGAACCACUUAUAGUCACUUAAUCUGCUGGGGAUGUAUGGUAAUUCGACUUGGUCAGAGGUUUGUGCCUUAGUGAGUACCUCAGCAAAGCUCAAUUUCCUAUUCAAUUUAUAUAAAAGAUAAGCCUUAUUGAAGUACUUUAUGAGGAACACAAUUCCUGAUCCAGUCCUAUCAGAAAAAAAAAAUAACAAUGGGUAUAACUGUUCUUGUUUAUCCUGCAUGAAUGCGUCGCUCCCGAGACUAAAUACAAUAAGGAUAUUUAACCAAAUUUCAUCUUCGUCAUCGUCGUACGUACCGAAAAGUAAGGCUAUCGUAGGUGCUCAUUUUCACCAGAUAUCUCGACAAUUGACGUUAUUGAGGCGUGGGAGUGUUUUUCAUGAUGUUCGGAGAGGUUGAUUACUUUCUAGGUUUAUUUUUCUAAUGUUUGUAGGCGUUUACGUGUCUAUUUGGCGAAUUUUUCUAAUAGAUUUUAUUUGCCUUUUUUUAUCUGCAGUGGUUCUUGAUGCUACAUAUUGCUUCUCAUCCCGUAGUUGUUAACCUGUAUUGGGCGGUGGUAUAAUGCGUGUGGGAAGUGGCGGAGGGAGUCGGCCUUCCUUCCCGGUUGUAAAUAGUUGUUUGGUAAUUAUUAAUGUAUUGGGUAGCAGUGAUGAUGCUUCUGGCAGAGGGGGUAGGGGGAGGGAGGGAGGGAGGGUGACAAGGGCUUGUGUCAGGACAGAGGAUGCACCAUUUUAGGGAAUGUACCAAGGAUCUCGGCACCCCUGAGGUUCGCACGUUUGGUGUAUCCCUCGCCCCUAAUUCAGGUCGACGUGACGUGUGUCUAGAGAGCCGGUGCAAAGGUAUUUUUUAUUAUUAUUUUUUAUUUUUCAAACCGUUGUGUUCCAUCUUGUCUGGUCCAUUGCGCAAGUGAGCUCAUUAGGUACAGAAUUAUACUACUACUACUACUACUACUACUACUACUACUACUACUACUGCUACUAAUCUCAUGUUGCUGCCAUCAAUUGUCUUGUAACUUUCCUCACUACUACAACCAUCAUUCAUUGCUAUCAUCAUUUAGUCUUGCAUCUCCCAUCAUUAUUUCCUUCCAUAGUGAUAUCAUUACCCUAGAGAGGAGUCAAAAUAAAAGGACAAUUAAUUCCCUGAUCUCAGAAACUUUGCCCACAGUGCUGCCGGAUGACUGGCUGACAUAGAGAGAUACUCUUCCUUCAUCCACAUCAUCCAUUCACCCUCCUCCGCUAGACAGACAGAUAGAUAUAGUGGGGGGGGGGGGGUCAACGUGCGAACCUAUGGAGUCGUCAGAUGCCAGAUGUAAGAUUUACAUCAUAAUGGUUUUGUGAUAUAAUCCAAACGGUGCCACAAUUUAUUCUCGAAAUUUGCAAAAUACACACAGUAGUGAAUAUGACUCGGCGACUUUGCUCUGGCAAGAUAAGUUUCAUUUUGACUUUUAUUAUUAUUAUUUUUUAAAUUAGUGUAGAUGAAACUAUUAUCGAAUAUUAAGAGGGACAAAAAUAAGUUUAUAUUUUUACUUUUUUUAUUAUUAUUAUUUUUUUAAUUAGUGUAGAUGAAAUUAUUUAUUAUGGAAUAUUAAGUGGGACAAAAAUGAGUUUGUAUUUUGACUUUAUUUUUUUUUUAGAAUUUUUUUUCCCAGAUACGCAUUAGCCAAAUAAAAUGGUGUAGCUUCUUGUUUCCUUCGUUGUUUAAUAUUAACACACACGGUUGCAUUUAAUAUUGUGUCUGUUACCUUGAUUAUUUUGAUUGGCCCAUAAAAAAGUACAAAAAGGUGUGUUAUUAUUAUUAUUUUUUUAUUAAUUAAUUAAUUACUUUGACGCUCAUGACGCUCAUAAUAAAUUUCCCAGAGUUUUGUGUGUGUGAGUGUGUGUGUCAUUAAAUGAUGCAUUACAUUUAUUGGUUUCUUCAUUCUGAUGUUGACAACGCUCAUGUACUGUAAGGUUUAGGUAGAACUCUUUGUUAUUAUUAUUACUACAUAUUUUUUUGGGGUCAUUGUGUUGGAAUCAUGCCAAGUUGAGUGUAGAAUAUAUGCUAUGAUCACCUAUCCUGUUCCAUAGCUUACUGCUGUAACCUAAGUCAACUAUAAGCUCUUAAAAACAAUAAAAAAAAUAAAAAAAAGAAUUUAAAUAUA